AGCUGCUAGUCCCUCCAACAACAAAACCCGCCUUUUCUCCCAUGCGCAAAAGUUUAUAUCAGCAUCAGCAGCUGUAAUUCUCUUGUGCCUUCCUCUUUUUUAUUUUAUUUCUCUCUAUCGUCUAGUACGGCAGCGUAUCCUUCUGCCCCCCGUCAGCUCCCACCAACACCUCGCCUACCUUCGUUGCUCGGCCACUCCGUUCGAUCACCAUGGCUGGGGACAGUGACUUGUCAAGGGCGGCCGAAAAAGGCAAAGGCAAGGCUGUGGAUGGCGACCAGAAGGCCGAAGAGUCCAAGAAGGGCAAAGAUGCGAGCCUCGUGAUUAAUGGCAAGAAGGAUGACGAAAAAACCGAAGCUGCCGAAGAACUCAGCGAAGAAGAUCAGCAACUCAAAAAUGAGCUUGAUAUGAUCGUGGAGCGACUAACUGAAUCCGAUGCAUCACUUUACAAGCCCGCCCUAGAGACGAUGAAGAACCUCAUCAAGACCUCAACAUCAUCGAUGACAGCGGUCCCGAAACCGCUGAAGUUCCUCCGGCCCCAUUACGACACCAUGACCAAACUGUACGAGGAUUGGCCCAGCGGCGACGACAAGACUUCCCUAGCAGAUGUGCUCUCGGUCAUUGGUAUGACGUACUCUGACGAGGAUCGCCAAGACACCCUCAAGUACCGCCUUCUCGCCCCCAUUCAAGAUUUCGGUUCCUGGGGCCAUGAGUAUGUGCGACACCUGGCUCUGGAGCUCGGUGUCGUGUACGGCAAGCGCAUUGCCACCGAGGAGCCCGCCACGGACCUUGUCAACCUUGCGCUUCUCCUCGUACCCCUGUUCCUCAAGAGCAAUGCCGAAGCCGAUGCUGUCGAUCUGAUGAGUGAGCUUGAGAUCAUCGAGGAGCUGCCCAAGUUCGUCGACGAGGACACAUAUGCGAGGGUCUGCUUGUACAUGGUCUCGAUGGUCAACCUCCUUACCUACCCAGACAACGAGCACUUCCUCCGCGUGGCACACGAUAUCUACAAGACCUACGGGCAGCACACACAGGCUAUGGUCCUCGCUAUCCGCCUCAACGAUAUUAACCUCAUCACGGCUGAUUUUGUCGAGAAGGACCCGGUGCUGAACAAGCAGCUGGCGUUCCUGAUCGCUCGCCAGAGGAUAUGGCUGGACGACAUUAACGGGGGUGGGGAUGCUGAGGAAUUCUCAGACUCCCUCUGUAACGUCAAGUUAUCUGAGCACUUCAAGUCUCUUGGGAAGGAGCUCAAUAUACUCGACCCCAAGACCACCGAGGACAUAUAUAAGAGCCAUCUAGAGAGCAGCCGUGUGGCGGGUAUGACCAACUUCGAUUCCGCCCGGCACAACCUGGCGGCCGCGUUCGUGAACGCGUUCGUGAACGCCGGGUUUGGCAAUGAUAAGAUGAUGCUUGUCGAGGCGGACAAGAGCUGGGUGUGGAAGACAAAGGACGAAGGAAUGAUGUCGGCCGUGGCGUCGAUGGGAACUCUCCUCCUGUGGGAUAUCGAGAAUGGGCUGGAUCGGAUCGAUCAUUAUACCUACGCAGAGGAAGAGCUGAUCCAGGCCGGCUCGUAUCUUGCUAUCGGCAUCAUGAACUCGGGCGUCCGGCUUGACUCGGAUCCAGCCCUGGCUCUGCUUGGAGACGCGGACAAGCUGAACCACAAGAAUCCGCUCAUCCGGGUCGCAUGCAUUAUGGGCCUGGGAUUAUCCUAUGCCGGAUCCAAUAAUGUCAACGUGGUGGAUAUCCUGCUGCCCAUCAUCACUGACACAACGCAAGACAUGCAGAUAUCCGCGAUGGCUGCGCUCUCCUGCGGCCUCAUCUUCGUCGGAUCUGCCUAUCCGGAUGUCAGCGAAGCCAUAGUGACCACUCUUCUAGAUGUCGACCGGAGGGAUCAGCUGACUGACAAGUGGACUCGGUUCCUUGCCCUUGGCCUUGGUCUUCUGUACUUUGGCCGACAAGAAGAAGUGGAUGUAAUUUUGGAGACGCUGAAGGCGGUUGAGCACCCCAUGGCUAAGCCGACUGCCGUUCUCGCCGAGAUUUGCGCGUGGGCGGGCACGGGUGCCGUCCUCAAGAUCCAAGAGCUCCUCCACAUCUGUAACGAGCACCUAGAAGAGCCGGAGGAAAAGAAAGGCGACGAAUUGUUGCAAGCCUAUGCUGUCAUCGGCAUCGGCCUCAUCGCCAUGGGCGAGGACGUGGGCCAGGAGAUGGUCCUCCGGCAGUUCGGGCACCUCAUGCACUACGGCGAGGCCAAUAUCCGCCGGGCAGUGCCUCUGGCAAUGGGGCUUAUCAGCCCCAGCAACCCGCAAAUGAAGGUAUACGACACGCUCUCCCGAUACAGCCACGACAAUGACAACGAGGUCGCUCUCAACGCCAUCUUCGCCAUGGGUCUUGUGGGUGCGGGAACGAACAACGCCAGGUUGGCCCAGUUGCUGCGGCAGCUCGCCAGCUACUAUCACCGAGAUCAGGAGUCGCUGUUCAUGGUCCGGAUAGCGCAAGGGUUGUUGCACAUGGGCAAGGGAACCCUGUCGAUCAACCCUUUCCACACCGAUCGCCAGAUCCUCUCCCGAGUAUCCGCCGCCGGCCUUCUGGCCGUCCUCGUUGCUAUGAUCGACGCCAAGCAAUUCAUCACCGGGUCCUCGCACUAUCUGCUCUACUUCCUUGUCACGGCCAUGCACCCGCGCUUCCUCGUCACGCUGGACGAGAACCACAAGCCCCUGACGGUCAACGUCCGCGUCGGCCAGGCCGUCGACGUCGUUGGCCAGGCCGGUCGCCCCAAGACCAUUACCGGCUGGCAGACGCAGAGCACGCCAGUGCUGCUCGCGUACGGUGAGCGGGCCGAGCUGGAGGACGAGGAAUACAUCAGCCUUAGCCACACUCUCGAGGGCCUCGUAAUCCUCCGCAAGAAUCCCGACUGGGAAGCGGGUAAAUAGGCGCCUGACUAGCAAGGGAAGAUGCGGGAAGAAAAUGGCAGGCGUAAGCGAAGGACGAGCAAUUUUUCUAUCUAUGCCUUGUACAAUAAAUGACCCUCGACGGGACCGAAGAACAAAAGCUCGUUGGAGAUAUUCUCUCCGGGCAUUCGUGUCUUUCGAAGAGGGAUAGACGGAAGUCUGGCCUGAUGGCAACAUGGUUUAUCAAUCUCGUAAUGCACAGUAGUUCGAAUUGUCUUGAGGACCCGGACUUGACGAUAUCUUGCUCAAAGGUCCAAAGGGGCAAGCAAGCAAGUGUUUGAGUGUACGAGUAGAUUUCCUAGGAUCCGGCCUUUUCUUCUCGUAAUUCGAUCUAAUAAGC